CAAAUCACUAUGAACAAUUGUCAAAAUACUCAAAAAAUGUUUUUGUUGCUUUCGCUUAGUAUAUUAAAUAAGUUUUCCUAAAGUGAUUGUUUAUCGGUGUGAAAAAUCAAUCAACCAGCAAUAAUGGAAAUGUCGCUGCUCAAGUCAACAAGUUCAUAAAAUAUUGCUCAGUUCGACAAUAUGCGUCCUCAAAUAAUCAAUUACUCGCUUACAGAAAUAGUGUUAUGUUUCUUAAUAGUCGGAUACGCGGCCGUGGACUUGGUAUCGCAAACGGGAUGUGACAAAUCCCGUAGAAUUUUCCAAACAUCAUGGGGCGUUAUCAGCGACGGGCCCCAGGAGAUGAAUUACACCCAGGAUAGUCAUUGUGAGUGGUUGAUCAAGGCCAACAGCAGCAACAAAUUCAUUACCUUAAAAUUCCGUAGCAUGGGCACAGAGUGCUCAUACGAUUAUGUGUUUGUGUACGAUGGGGAUUCGUUUAAUUCUCCACUAUUAGGCAGCUUUAGCGGAAAGACUGAACCCCAGGAGAUAAUCGCAUCUUCUGGUUAUAUGUUAAUAUUAUUGUAUAGUGAUACGAAUUAUGUGUUAGAUGGAUUUAGGGCUGAAUACUCAAUAACCGACUGUCCUAACAAUUGCUCCGAUCACGGGGUGUGCUACAAUCACAGCUGCGUGUGCGAAACGGACUGGGGCGGAUUCGAUUGUUCAAGGCAGCUAUGUCCCGACAACUGCGGAAGACACCUUGGCCAUGGCCACUGCGAUCAAGGCCAAUGCGUAUGUAGAUCUGGAUAUUCCGGACAAUCCUGCAAUCUCUACGAAUUCGAUUCGUUAGGAAACAAAUGGCACUGGUUAUCACAUUCCGAGGGCGGUUUACAAGCCCGCGCAGCUCAUUCCGCAGUUUACAUAGAAAUGACUGACGCUUUAUAUGUAUUUGGAGGAUAUAAUCUCAAUGUUGUACUCGGUAAUUUAGAAAUAUAUAGCUUUCAAUCUAGCAAUUGGAGGGACGAGCACGGAGCGAUCAUUCCCGAUACGGGCCUGUUGAACCCGAUCGAACCGAGUUCAAUUGGCAGGCUAAUCGAACAAGCGGGACCCGAUUGGGAGCAAAAAUGGGGUCUCAGCAGCCGCACAUCGUUCUUGAGGAACCUUCUGUACGCUGCGACUGAAAAUACGACGCACGCUAGAAGACGACAGAGACAUUCCAGAGUUCCGGACGAGCUGAAGCCUUCUCCGAGGUACGGCCAUUCGGCUUGUGCGGUCUCCCAAGGGUUCGUUCUGUACGGGGGGAAACUCCAGAACGGCAGCUUAGCCAACGAUUUGUGGUAUUAUAACGUACAAACCAGGCAAUGGCAGUUGCGAGCCGUAUUAUCCACUUUAGUAGCCCCCCGCUUAACUAGACAUACCCUAACUUGUGUUAAUAAUGUGAUAUAUUUAUUUGGAGGGAGUACGGAAAGCGGGGAUUUUUCUUCGACUCUGUAUACUAUCCAAUUGUUGCCGGAUUUCGAUGAAUCCUGGCAGGAGAUUAAACCUAGAGGAGGAAAGCAGCUAGAUGUUAGAGUAGUCGCGCAUUCUACUACAUAUCAUUCGCAUACCAAUUCUCUCAUUGUCUACGGUGGUAUAGUUCCUGGAGUAGCCAGGUUUUCCAAGUUAUCCGAUAAGAUGUUCGUCUUUCAAUUGGAUCACCUGCAUUGGACGGAAAUACAUUACACGAGAGAGGCUCUGAGGGAGAAAUUCGUGCCAAGAGAGAGGGCUUUCCAUACGGCCAAUAUUUUUGGAAAUUAUCUCAUCGUUUUCGGAGGCUAUUCUCACAGACAUAACAAGGAAGAAAUUUGCUACGACAAUCAGAUGUAUUUGUACCAUUUGGGCUGUCACACCUGGGUCAAUCCGGAUAUUUUGGGAAAGACGAACGAUUCUAAAUAUCCAAAACAGCAAGGCGUAUUCGCCCACGCCUCCGCCGUCCGCAACGAGAACACCCUCCUCCUAGUCGGCGGCUACCACGGCAACGUCAACGGCGACCUCCUGGCUUACACGGUGCCCCCGAUGGUGGCGGUGAGGAAGGGCGAACUCUACGACCCCGAGACCGCCUGCGUGCGCCACAAGAACUACGGCGAGUGCUCCGCCGAUCCGGAAUGCGGAUGGUGCUCCGCCGACGAACAGUGCUACGGAAGGACCAUCGGAGCGAACUGCACCACCAACCUGCAGACCACCAGGUGCCCGGGCGUUUGCCCCGCUCUUGCCGAUUGCCACUCUUGCCUCAUACACGGACAUCCGUCGCCGGAGUACAUGCCCAUUGUCUCCGCCGCUCACAAAUUAGGUUUAGAAGAAUGCACCUGGUGCGUCCAGAACGCCAGAUGCCAUCACAAAGACGACAAUUACGGCGUUUGCGGCUUGCAGGAGGACAGCCCGAGCCAGAUACCGGGCUGGUGGGGCGUGAAAGGCACGGAAGUCGUGAGUCCCGAUCAAUGCAGGGAGCUGGAUAAGAGGCCCGGUUUGACGUUCGUCAAAUACCACCACCCGGUCAAUUAUUCUCAACCCGAUAACGUCGCCAUAAUUAACGCUACGACGGUGGAUUUCGUUAGCCCGUCGAUAUCGCUGCUCCGCAACGAUAUAUCCACCGGCGAAAUGGUGGCGCGCCUGUUAGGCUUCCUGAGGCUACCGAACACUUGGCAAGAAAUGCUGAACGUCUGCGUUAGCUACUGCUCCGCUACGUUAACGUUAUCCAAUUACCUGGUAGCUAACGUCACUCCGGAGGCCUGCAAAGCCCUAAUGAUGCCCGACAACAUUAGCUUAGAUCGCAUACCGGUCGAUUUUAAAUCGCGGAAAAUCGUCAACAUCCAACCGAUCUACACCCAGCAGAAUAAAAUGGAACUAUCGCAUUACAAAGAUUCCGAGGAUGUUUUUAAAGUUUUCACGUUCGAAUAUCUGGAACCGUACGCGAACGGUACGUGCGAACAAUACAAGAACUGCCUGCAUUGCCUCACCGAUUCGCAAUGCGGCUGGUGCGAGCUGACCGGUACCUGUCAAUCGCGCGCCGAAAACGAGGAGAUCAGCUGUUCGUCGGCCGGCGACUGGAAGUACCUGACGCUGCAGCCGAGCGCCUGUUCGAAUUGCUCCAACUACAUAUCGUGCGAUUCCUGCAUCGAAUCGAGGCUGUGCGAAUGGUGGAUAGACGAGGCGCGGUGCCAGCGAAUCGGGCAAAGGACGACGGCGGCGGUGGCUUUGGAGCAAUGUCCCGUUCCGUGCCACAAGCGGUUGGAUUGCGGGUCGUGUUUGGAGCAAAAAGGUCGAUGUGUUUGGUGUCAGGCCACGCAGCAGUGCUUCAGUUUUUCGGUUUAUACGAGCGAGUACCAGUUCGGUUUGUGCCGCGAGUGGAUGGAUCAGAUUUUUCCGUUGGUGACGAAGCAGGAAAGCGGGAUAAUACCGCUGCCGAAAACGCAGGAGCAAUGCAAGACGUGUUCGAUGAACACGAAUUGUUCGAUUUGCCUGAGGUCCUUGAGCUGCGGUUGGUGCUAUAACGCUUCGAAUCCCAUGGCAGGUAUUUGCGUCCAAGGAGAUUUUAACAAUCCCCACGUCAAUUGCUCGAAGGCUUUGAGUUCGCCCGAGGCCCGUUGGGCCUACGCCCAAUGCCCGGACGUCGACGAAUGCGGAUUGGGAUUGCACGAUUGCCACGAACAAGCCAUUUGCACCAACACCGACGGCUCUUUUAGUUGCCAUUGUAAAAAAGGAUACAUCGGCGACGGUCGGAAGAAUUGCCACAGGACUUGCUACAACGUUUGCGUGCACGGCGUGUGCCAAGGAGAGCCCGACUAUUCGUGUAAAUGCGAUUUAGGUUGGUACGGAGACGCCUGUUCGAAGAACUGCGGUUGCAAUAAUCAUUCGGCGUGUCCGAAAGGCGAGGGAAUUUGCGAGGAAUGCAUGGACAACACUCAAGGGGAAUUUUGCGAAUUUUGCACACCUGGCAGCUACGGGAACGCGACGACCGAACAAGGUUGUCAGAAAUGCGAGUGCAACGGACACGGUAACAAAGAGAAGGGCGAAUGCGACAUGGAAACGGGAAUCUGUUUCUGCGAAGACAACACUCGAGGCGAUCAUUGCGAACGUUGCAAACCUAAAUACUUCGGUAACCCUACAGACGGGAAACAGUGUUAUUUCCAAUGCGACAGAGGAGUUCUUAGGGACCCCAGAGGACAAGGUAUUAGUUCAAAGCAGGCUUAUAUCCCACCUUGGGGCGGAACGCCCACUAGGGAGUGCAUAUGGAUUAUAAGGCCUGACGUUAAACACGGAUUACCGAUUAUCCAGCUACAGAUUAAAUCGUCUCAAUUAAACAUUUCAUGCGGAGAAAACGCUGUGUAUGUCUUCGAUGGACUUCCGGAACUUCUUGAUAUGGGUAGCCAGAGUCCAUUAUCGGCUGUUUUUUGUAGCGAGGAAGCAUCGAAAAUUUCUACUGUAGAAUCACGAACAGGUCAAUUAACGGUCCAUUACAAGCAAGGCCAGCGCGGCGAAAACUUCAACGCCUUCUACAAAGUGAUUUCCUGUGAUAAUUGCGAGCCGCCUAGGGUGUGCAAAAACGGGCAGUGCAUAUGCAGGGAGGGUUUCGUGGGAUUCAACUGCGAGGAGGUCAUUUGCGACGAUAAUUGCAAUUACGUCCUGGGUCAAGGCACUUGCGACAGGAGCUACGGAAGAUGCUUAUGUACCGAAGGAUGGUCGGGAAUCGCUUGCGAAGUGAAAAAAACUAAUACUCAAGUUAUAUUUACCGAAUUGUUCAAUACGGUUAAAUUGUCGGAUUCGUUGGAGCAUUUCCGGAAGACGUUGCCUCGUUUCGGUCAUUCUCUGGUGUCCGAUCGGAGGGGAGCUUUGUGGAUGUUCGGCGGGUACUCUUUAUCUCACGGACCUUUAAACGACGUGCGUUUGUUCGACACCAAGAACCUGACUUGGAUGCAGGUUACGAUCGAAUCCACUCCCGACGCCAAAAUGCCAAUGGGAAGGUAUUUCCACGGGGCCGAUAUUGGACACACGCAGACUAUUUAUGUCUACGGAGGAUUGUCGAAGAAACACAAGAAUUUUAGAAAUCGGACGUUAGACGACUUUUGGCAAUUCGAUAUACAAAAUCAAAGGUGGAGCGAAAUCGAAAAGACCGACGCUUCCCUGUGGCCUCCGGCCGUUUGCGGACACACCCUUACAUAUCACAAGGCGCAAGAGAGUUUGAUACUGAUAGGCGGCGUUUCGCCGCAAACCGGAUUCCUCAACAUGGUUUGGGCUUAUAAAUUGAACAAAGAGAAAGACCACAAGGAACAUUGGAUACCGAUGAAUACGAGAGGACCGGCGCCGUUGGGAAUUUUCGGACAUUCCACCGUGUAUCAUUCGCAGAGCAAUAAUCUGUUCGUGUUCGGAGGUGUUAUCUACGAGAGACAAUUAUCCACUACCUCGAACAAUUUGUACAUGUUUAGCUACGAAAAUAGAACGUGGACGUUAUUAACGAGUUUAGGUUCUUCGAUACAUUGGCCAAGACCAAGAUUUUUCCAUUCGGCUGUUACUACGGAAGAUUAUAUGGUUAUUAUGGGAGGAAAAAUGUACCCGUGGAAUGAUACGGAUACAUUAUACGCUUACUCAUACAAUUGCAACCGUUGGUUGAAUUUAAUGGAACACGAUAUCGAACGAGUCGGCCCGAUUCCUACGCAAACGUACGCUCAGGCGAUGACGGUAGAGCCCGAUGGUGACGCCAUUUACACAAUCGGAGGCUGGGGCAUAGACACCCAAAGCACCGUGCUCAGAAUCGAAUUACCCGUUGAUUUAUGCAACCUGUUCCCUAAAAAAACCACCUGCUUGUACAUGUCGGGUUGUGGAUACUGUGCAAACAAAAUGGGAGACGACAUAAUCGAGGAAGAGUGCCAUUCGACAACGAAAACUUGUUCGUUGGAAACCGUUGAUUACGCUUCUCUUAUCACAAACGACAGUCAAGCUUGCUCCUUGUUCAAUAUAUACGAAACGACGCCCAGCAAUUGUUCAACGAUACAAGAUUGCACGGCUUGCCUGCAGGCCGGCUCGUGCUCUUGGUGCCAAGGAUUCUGUACAAGUAAAACAAACAGUUGCAAUUCGACUCUAACCACUUGUCCUUAUAGUAAAUGCGCCGCCACCGAUUGCGCGCAAUGCCAUCAAAUACCCGGCUGCGAUUGGAAUUUCUCCCGACGACAGUGCGUACCAGUGACUCAAGAGCAAGAAACGAAUUCGGUGGCCAGUUGCCUGCAACCGUGCAUCAACUAUCCGACGUGCACGGCCUGCCUGGAAGCGCCCGACUGCCACUGGUCGACGCAGCUGGACGAAUGCGUGCCGGAGGCGCUGCAGAACGUGUACUGCGCCGGCGGCGUUUGCGGCCUGGUGUUGAGGCCCGACGAGCGGAAGCAUUGCCCGGAACCGUGCAACACGUUCACGCAGUGCUCGCGGUGCCUGAAGUACGCGCCGUGCGGCUGGUGCGCCUCGCCCGGCUUGAGCGGCGAGGGAUUCUGUACGGAGGGAUCGAACGAGCGACCGGUGCUGGGAUCGUGCAAGGAGAUUCACGUGGAGAACAAGGGCUCGGAAUUGGAGGUCGACGAGGAAUCGUACGAUAACGUGACUUUCUCGUGGCAUUACGUGAAGUGCCCGCCGGAGGACGAAUGCAAAAACGGGCACCAUACGUGCGCGAUCGAGUCCGAAAUUUGCGUGGAUUUGGAGGAGGGAUUCGAAUGCAAAUGCGGCCCCGGCUACAAGUUGGGCAUCCACGGAUGCGAACCGGUUUGUACGUUGGGAUGCGUUCGAGGCCAGUGCAUCCAGCCCAACUUGUGCCUCUGCGAUUUCGGCUACGUGGGCGCCAAUUGCAGCAUUCAAUGCCAAUGCAACGGCCACGCGAACUGCGAAGGACCGGAUAAACUGGACAAAUGCUUGGAAUGUUUCAAUAACACAAUGGGAGCGCAAUGUGAAAAAUGUAAACCGUUGUUCGUCGGCGAUCCAGCCGACGGCGGAGCUUGCGUGUCCUGCUUCGAAUAUUGCCACGGUCACAGUUCAUUUUGCGUCGAUAACACCACAGACAUCGACGCUAACGAUUAUAUCGAUCUGGAAUUCUUGAACAAAACGUUGAAAGAAGGCCCCAAAACCAACGCCAAGUGUUUGAGAUGCGGUAAUUUGACAUCUGGCAUUAGAUGCGACGACUGCAUCAAAGGUAAUUUCCGGGGUACCGAGGACCACAGGGACCCGUGUCGCCCGUGCGACUGCCACGGUCACGGCGACACCUGCGAUCCGAUACACGGCGACAAAUGCAAUUGCCAGAACAACACCGAAAGCGACACGUGUCGCGGCGUAUCGGACAAGAACUCGGCGCAUCCCUGCUGGAUGGUGCAGUGCUCGAAAUGCAAGGACACUUACCUGGGAACGCCGACAUCCGGCCAUCAGUGCUACAAGCAAAUGCACGUCGAUAGCAAAAUGUGCUUCGACGCGAAGACCCUAGAUGAAUGCAAGAUGAAACCGAAUCCUCUACAUCCCGGCGAAGUCGUGUUCUUCGUCAUCCAGCCGCGAUUUAUGAACGUUGACAUUCGAAUAAUAAUCGACGUAACCCAAGGAAAAUUGAACGUUUACAUGAGCACUCACGACGAUACCUACGUUGCCCAUCGUAACGGUACCAACGGCUUUAUCAAUAUCAACGUUGAUAACACUUACGGCCAUUGGGGCAACGGUACGGUACGAUACAAAGAUAUUUACUUGGAAAGAGAAGCUUUGGGUCUUCGUACGUACAUUACUAUAACUCAACCAAAGACUAUAUUGUUGGUGAAGCACUUACAGGACAGGCUUGUCAUAACGUUACCCGAGGAAUACCACAGCCUCGAAACCACGCGAUUUUUCCUGGUCCUUCAAGCGCUCGAGCCGACCGAUUCGGACAAGAAGGUGGCCUACGGCAUCGUGUUCUCGCGCCAGGACCAGCUCCACAUCGAUCUGUUCGUCUUCUUCUCGGUGUUCUUCUCCUGUUUCUUCCUGUUCCUGGCGGCGUGCGUGGUCGGCUGGAAGGCCAAGCAGGCGGCCGACGUGCGACGGGCCAGGCGGCGGCACGUCGUCGAGAUGCUGCACAUGGCGAAGCGGCCUUUCGCCACCGUUACGUUGAAUCUCGGCGCCAGGACGAAGCCGAAGAAGUCGGCGCACUACGAUUUGCGACCCGUGGCCGUUGAACCGACGGGUGAUGGUGUGGCCGCCGUUGCCACCGUUUUUGUUAGUUUACCAGGAGGGCAGAGUGCAUCGGUGAAGCUGGCGCUGGCGUCUUCAUUGAUCCUGCUCGCCAGGCAAUUUCCGACGAGCGGAAGGAUAUUCAUGAGGAGGCGAUCGAUACACGCGGCCCCUCCGACCUAAGCUCUAUCCUUAUUAUUUUUUUAUUUUUUAUUUUUAUUUUAUAUAUUUUAAGUUUGUUAUUAUUUAUGAAAA